UGUGUAGAGAUUUUGUCAGUUUGUUGUCAUCCGCUCGGGCAUGUAAAUAAAAGGUUGAUUUGGGAACCGUACAGUGAUUGAUUUCCUUGAAUUUUGGUAUUUUUUCACUGAUUUCAAUAAUAAUAUGACUGAAUUAAUUGUGUCACGGGGGGAUACAUUUCCUAGAUCGUUCCUGGACACCUACAGGGCGAACAGAACGAGUGAAUACCUUUACAAUGAUCUCUCUUCGAGUAAAAGUGAUGAAUUAGUGUUGCAAGCGUCCAGUGAUAUUCCUGUGUCGAGUGAACUUCAACACGGACAUUCGGAAAACCUAUUGGAUUCAAACACGGGGACGUCGGGCUACGAGGACUACAACUGUCCCCAGAGUCCGGGGGUGGUUUUGCCGAAGAUCCAGCGAAAAGUGCCACUUUAUGACAAAGUCGAUCCGGAGGACAGCAUACGGGAUAUUAUUACGGAGAACGAUUUUUACAGAUUCGUGUUAUUCAAAAAGCAUUACGAUAAAUAUUUACAUCUUUCCAAAAAGUAUGAAGAGGCUAGAAACAUUGCUUAUUACUUAGAAGAGAAAUAUCACGAAGUUAAAACCGAAAGGGACGACUUGAUUCAACAAAGGGACGAAUUAAGUAAAAAAUUAGAAACCAAUGAAGCAACACUUAAAGAGAAGGAAGACGAAGUGUUCCUUCAGUUUGAGAGGGUCGUUUAUUUGGAAGAACAAUGUGAUAAGCUGAAAGCUGAAAAGGAAAAAUGUUUCCAUUUAAAGGACUUAAUUGAAAAAGAGAGAGAUAAAGCUUUAAGACUGUUGCAAGAACAAGCCAAGGAAUCCGAAUACACAAGAAGAAAACUUGAAAGGGCGCGACAAGAGGUAGUUCACCAUAUGACCAAAAUUAAAAAUGAAAAGGAUGAUCUAGAGCGAGAGAAUAGUGUUCUGAAAGAAGCUUUGGAGGCUGAACGGAAGGGGCACACUCUACCUCAAACACCAGGUUGUAGUUUACAUGACGAAUUGGAACUGAAAAAUCAGGUUGAAAGCCGCCACAGCAACACUCUAACAUCACAAUUCCAAAAGGCCGUACAGCACUUGGCUACUUGCAAACGAAAAAAAUGCUCUGUUUGUGCCUACACAAAAGCAACUUAUGGGAAAUUAAAUUCAAAUAAUCGGAAAUAUGAAAAAAAAUUGUUUGGGUGCCUGCAGACACCUUUUCUUGAGAUGCGCAACAUGAUCCGUCCACCACCAUCGCCGAUGCACGGCGAGGGUGAGAGCCUGUCCGAGUGGUUCUGCCAUAUGGGCGAGAGCAUCGGUACCCAAAGCGAUUGUUCGUCAGUCAGUGUGCCCCUGGCGGAACUGAGCAUCUCUUAUGUGGACGACGACUCGGACACGUCGUCCAACUACUACUAUCGUUGCCACGACAAGGAGGAAUCGGAAUUUUUGAGCCAAGUGAAUUGUAAUAGCUUUAGGGGUUGUGGAAGCGACUCGGGAUUUUCGUCGGACAUAUGCCCCGACUAUAAAACAACUAGCACGCCGAAGGAAAAGUUCUGUCCAAAGGCGACCCUGGACGAAACCGAUUGCGAUAAACUGACGCGCACUAAAUGGACCGCAUCGUUUCGGAAGUUUGUUAAUCGUAUCAUUAAAUAAUUUUAUCGCACAAAAUUUCAAUUGCAAAUCUUUGUGAUUUUUAAUAACUGAAAGCUAUGUGUUUCGUGAGGGUAAGUGUGUCCAUGAAAUGCCCGCGUUGUUUAUUGAUGUAUGAGCAAGAUAAAGUCGGGGUAAAAGUAUCCUAAUGUUUAAAUUAAUGCGUUUUAAUUUUGUUAAAUCAUUUUUAUUUUGUAGUUAGUACCUGCACUGAAUCCUGUAAUUUUUGAUAUUAUUUCGAUGCGAAAAUGAAUUUAUUUCUGUACUUCUGCUUCAGAUACUGAAAUCAUAUCUACAGAAUUAUUUUUUUCUAUCCCUCUUCAAUUCAUUAACUUAAAUGCUUGAAUUUACUUUGCAUUUUUUAAUACUGGUUAAGGUCCUAAUUUCGCUAAAACAAUAUAAUAAGUAAUGUUUAGUAAAUUCAUGUAUUUAGAAUACUGUUUGAAAAGGUAUUGAUAAUAGUAUUUUUGAGGAUAUACUGAUCGACUAAUAUGUUUGUUAAUUACCAUAUUUGGUAAUUUACUAGGCAAACAUGAAUUCCAAUGGCAGAAAAGUCACAAUUGUGCUAACAACAAAUGUGAAACUAUAAAUAAAACAAUAAAUUUUGUGCAUUUGUACUUAAUUAGGAUUAUUUACGUAACGUUGGAAUUCACGUGUUUACGUUAUUUAUGUUACAAUGAAAAUUCCUACAUCUGAGGUUAGCACAAUCAUCCCCAUAUAUUACCUUCCAGUGAAAUAGAACUAGUUUUAGAAUUGUAAAUAUAACAUUUUAAACAAUUUAAUCAGAAAAGGGAUGUUACAUAUAUUAUAAUUUACUUCCAUAUCUCAGUCAAAUUUUUAGUCCGAUAUAGAGAAAAUAUUCCAAAUAUAAUAAUUUAUUUUCUCAACUGAGGUACCAUUGAUUAAUUUCAAUAACAUUCACUUUCUGAUACGCUGGUCUUGAAUAAUGAUUUCAAAACAUUAAUUUUAAUUUUUAUAUUAUAGCUGACUACAAAAAUGUUUUAACAUAACUUGCCAAAUCUCUAUCAGAGAAGUUAAUUUGCAAAAACAGACCAGAAUGUUUUUUACAUUCCAUUUACAAUGCAUUUUCUAGUUGUUGCCAUUUACUAUCUGUUUCUUUUACAGUAUUAAUUUUGUGAUCUGAAUAGAUUUGUUUAUUUAAUUUUAUUUAUAAUUGGCAUUUCUAUAGAUGUUUAUGUAGAUAUUCUGAAAAAAAAUGUUUUUAGAGAAUUAUAAAAACGUGUAGCAAAAAUUGAUAAUUUAUAAAAAAUAUGAAAUUUGGUAGCUGAAUACAAUUCAAUCAGGUAGCUGGAUAGUACCUGUAGAAUAAAAAAGUAUGUAUUUACAGAUGAUUGAGUCAUCUGUAUGAAAAAUUACUUAAACUAUAAUUAUGUUUUCUGAUAACUUACAGUUUUAUACAUUUAUCCUGUUAAUGCCACUUAUUACAGAAGUGGUAACAAACUAGAUCCAAAUUUGUUGUGAUAAAAUUGAAGUAUGUCAAUUUUUUAUUGUUGAAAUAUUAAUAGAUGUGAAAUAAAAUGAUAUUAAAA